AUGGGAUCUACCGCUGCCCCGACUGCCCUCACUCUUGCCGGCAAGGUCGCCAUUGUGACAGGCGCCUCCCGUGGCAUCGGAGCCGCCACUGCUCUUGAGCUGGCAGAACGCGGCGCCAAGGUGGUCAUCACGUACGUCUCGCCAAGCAGCGAGCCGGCCACGGCAGCCCUCGUAUCCAAGAUCAACGGGCUCAACAACGGCGCCGCCGCCAUCGCGGUCCGCGCCGACCUGUCCAACACCGAGUCCCCGGCCAAGAUCGUGUCCGAAACGCAGAAGGCCUUCGGCGACGCCAUCGACAUCCUAGUCAACAACACGGCCAUGACCAUGGUCAGGGCGCUCGGCAGCAUCGCAGUGGCCGACUACGCCACGGUCUUCGACCUCAACGUGCGCAGCGUCAUCCUCAUGACGCAGGCCGUGCUGCCGCACCUCCGCGCGCCGGGCCGCAUCGUCAACAUCAGCUCCGUCGGCAGCCGCCAGGGCGUCGCCGGCUGCAGCGUCUACCUCGCGUCCAAGGGCGCCGUCGAGGCGCUGACGCGGUGCUGGGCCGCCGAGCUGGGGCCCAGGAGCCGCCAUACGGUCAACGCCGUGGCGCCCGGCGCGACGGACACGGAUAUGCUGGCGCAUGGGACGGAGACUAUGGAUGGGCUGUACGAUGUGGACUUUUCGGCUGCUACGAAGGCCAUGACGCCGAUGGAGAAUCGGUUGGGGAGGGCGGAGGAGGUCGCGGCCAUUGUGGCGAUGCUGACCGAGCCGAAGAGCCAGUGGAUUACGGGGCAGACGAUUUCGGUAUCGGGUGGCCUACUUAUGAUCUAG